AUGUUGAUGGUUGCCUUUCGCCAGAAGUUGCUUCUUUGGUGGGUGCAGAAGGAAGUGUGCAUCCUCAGGCGUCCAAUUGCACCCCUGACGACAGCCAUCGAUUUCUGUACAAGUGGUUAUCUACGUACCGAGCGGCCCGGUAAUACGCACGCAGCGGCAUAUGUGUUGUGUGUCUUUCUUGUCCGCUUUUCUGUCUUUCCUCCUCGGAGUCUUGGUGUCACUUGGUUGGUCGCACUGCCUGGUCCCAGCUGCGACCGCCUAGAUCCUCUUCCAACACUUGCCCGAGCGUCGACGCCAGAUCUGCCGUUCUCGAGUGGAUGCUGGCCUUGCUGCGAAGGAGCCCCAGGAGAAUGUGGCUGCGAAGACGGCUGGGAGUUGGCGUGGCGGCAGCGAGGGGGACGGGCAGAUUGGGAUGCAGAGAGUCUUGAGGCGGAUCAAAGGCACGACGACGACGAGGACGACGAGGAGGCAGGUGGGGAAGGGGAGGAGGAUGAGUAGAACAUGAACGAUUGCCGCCCCCUAAGAUCAAAGCAACGACGUCGCCCCUUCCUCAUCAGCCACUCCGACAACAAUCAAUGGUCUCCCCCAGCUACACAGGAUAACAUGUGUUUCCCCAACAGUCUCACCUCCGGGGCGACCAAUAUCUCAUGGCGGGGACCAUGAUAUGCCCUUCAGAAUUCCGACGUCGUGAUGCUUUCACGACGUGGACCUCCGGAGAUCCAGAACCCUUCCCCGCGACUGGAUUUUUAUACGGAGACGUUUUUGUUGACGGCCACGGUGCAAGUGGUAUGCAGAAUUGCGCAGUGGUGUCUAUCUUCUC